AUGGCAGCAGCAAAACAGAAAGUAAGGGUGAUAGCUGUUGAAGACUUUGAUCCAUUCCAGCAUGAAAACAGCAUCUUAACGUACGAGCUUGUAAAAGAUGCCCCAAAGCAAGAGGCCCAGUUAUCUUUUCACAAGGGACAGUGCUUUGAGAUUCUCACCAAGAAUGUAAAAAGCUGGUGGUUAUAUGUGAGAUGUACCACAAGUGGCAGUGAAGAAGGGUUUAUACCAAGCACUUUUGUUGUUCCAUUAAAAGAAGAUCUGGGUGGUGAUAGGUUUGUGCUUGAAAAGAUUUGCUUUUUUACUUUUUUAGUUGGUUGCACAUGUUAAAGACACUGUAUACUGUUCUUAAAUUUUAGGCUCAAUCAUCUUAUGGAUUGUGGUGAAGUAUUACCAACAAUGGUUAAUAGACAGCUUGAUUUAAAGUUUUUCCCACAA